AUGAGUUCAGAAGAAGCCUCCAUCAGCGGAGUUGAGAAGCAGGUCAUCGGCGCCGACGACGAUGCCGCCCAGCUCGGUGAGCUCGGAUACAAGCAGGAGUUGAAGCGGUCGUUCUCCCUGCUUUCCAUGAUUGGUUUCUCGUUUGCCAUCUUGACUUGCUGGACCGCCCUGGGAACCACUCUCUCGUCUGCCAUGCUUAACGGUGGCCCCUCCGCUUUGUUCUGGGGAUGGGUCGGCGUUUGCUUCUUCACCAUCUUUGUCGUUCUCUCGAUGGCCGAGAUUUGCUCUGCCUACCCCGUCGCCGGUGGCCAGUAUUCGUGGGUUCUGCUCAUCACCGACUGCAAGCCCUGGGGCCGUGGUCUUUCCUACAUCACCGGCUGGAUUCAGCUUGCCGGUCUGCUUUGCAUGGGUUCCACCGCUCUUUUCCAGGUCGGUGAGUUCGUUGCCGGCAUGGCUGUGUUGAACAACGAGAACUACGAGAUCAAACAGUACCAGAUUGUGCUCAUCACCUACGCGUGCUGCCUGAUCAACACCGUCAUCAACCUGUUUGGCAACAAGAUCCUCAACCGCAUCAACGACUUUGCCCUCUGGUGGUCCGUCCUCGGCUUUGUGAUCACGACCAUCGUCAUCCUUGUCGUGUCCGACAACAAGCGUGAUGCUUCCUUCGUCUUCACCUACUCGAUCGACGAUGGUGGCUGGAACAACACCGGCAUGGCCAUCAUCCUCGGAAUCUUGCAGUCCGCGUACGGCAUGUGCUGCUACGACGCCCCCGCGCACAUGUCGGAGGAGCUCCACAACGCUACCCGCGAGGCUCCCCGCGCUAUGGUCCUCUCUGUCUUCAUCGGCUUCAUCACCGGUCUCGGCUACAUCAUGGCUCUGCUGUUCUGCAUCGUCGACAUCGACUCGAUCGAGGGCUCCGCCACCGGCGUUCCUCUCAUCCAGCUCUUCCAGGAUGCGAUCCACAACAAGGCCGGCUCGACCUGCUUGUCUGUCAUCACCUGCGUCUGCUCGUUCUUCGCCUCCAACGCUCUCCUGACCGAGGGUGCGCGCUCCGUCUUUGCUUUCGCCCGUGAUGGCGCCAUGCCGUUCUCCGAGUACCUCUGCAAGGUCGACCCCCAUCUCCACGUGCCUGUCCUUGCCACCCUUGUUGCCGCCUUCUUCCAGUGCGCGUUCAUCGCCAUCGACUUUGGCUCCGAGACUGCUUUCUUGACCGUCAUGUCGAUCGCCACCGUCGGUCUCUACGUCUCCUACCUGCUCCCCAUCGUCACGCUCAUGAUCCACGGCCGUGACAACUUCAAGCCCGGAUACUACUCCCUCGGCAAGUUCUGGGGCUGGACUUCCAACAUCCUCGGCUCGCUCUACCUCGUCUUCACCACCAUCUUCUUCUUCUUCCCGACCGAGAUGCCCGUCAACGGCGGAAACAUGAACUACUGUAUCGUCGCCUUUGGAAUCACCGGUAUUUUUGGUGUUGUCUCGUGGUUCUGGGCCGGACGCAAGAACUACAUCCGCUCGAUCCACGUCGAGGUCGAGGUCUCAAACGCUAUCGACGUCGACAACAGCGUCAGCAGUUCUUCGGACGUCUACGACAAGAAGGAGUAA